UUUGUCACUCUGACCCUCUGUCUCCUUCUCCACAGAAUCCACAACCCUGGGGAAUGGCUCAUCUCUUUCCGUCCUGGAGGGUCAAUCUCUGCGUCUGCUCUGUGUCGUCGACAGCCGUCCCCCUGCCAGGCUGAGCUGGUCCUGGGGGAACCUGACUCAGUAUCCCUCGCAGACCAUGGACCCUGGGGUGCUGGAGCUGUCUGCAGAGCACCUCAGGGGGGGAGGGGAAUUCACCUGCCAUGCUCAGAACCCUCUGGGCUCCCAGCACAUCUCCCUGAGCCUGUCACUGCAGAGGAAGUCAGAGCCCAUGCCCCAGGUGGUCCUGGUGGCCAUCGGGGAGGUGGCUGUCAAGAUCCUGCUCCUCGGCCUCUGCCUCAUCUUGCUCAGAGUGAGGUCCCCCAGGAAGAGGGCAGCUAGGCCAGCUGUGGGCGUGGAGCUUGGAAACAGUGUCACCGGGUAGUCUCAGAAGCUUCUCACCCGCAAGAUGGCCUGCAUUCUGCCUUGAACGUGUGUCUGCUGUCAUUAAUAAAUCAGUGUCUCUGACUGGUCCUCCACCCAGCAGCUUCAGGACCUGACUCCUUUCCCCAACCUCGAGAGUCGUCCUGGGGGGACUCCUUCCCUUGUCCUUCAAAUGACUAGAGCAUCCAUUGGAAUCAGGGCCUGUGAGAGACCUUAUGCUGUAGGACAUGACUAAGCUGCACUCUGAUUUCAGACCCAGAGAAACCAUGAGAUUUGAAAUAUGUGUAAGAUCCA